AUGUUGGCUGCUCGUGGCACAGCGGCGGGGGUGGCGGUGCAGCGGCCCGCACGCGGCGCAGUUCGCGUCUUCGCCGCCGGCGAUGAGGGAGCACGCAGGGGCAACCUCCGCGGCCGGUUCUCGCGCAGGCCGCGCGCUGACGGGGACAAGCCCGACUUCAAGGACUUCCUGCCGCUGCCCAAGCCGGCGCACCUGGUGUACAUCAAGCCCACCGUGGCGGUCGUCACCGACGUCGCCAGCCGCAGCAGCGUCGGCAUCAAGAUGACCAUCGGGGACAAGUAA